AACGGAUGCAAGAUUCUAAUAAGCACAUAGAGAUUUUUAAGCACCAAAAAAAUGAUGGCACAAAUUAUUACUCAUGAUUUCAGCGAUUACGCCAAUUAGAUUCUUUCGAUAAUAUUCGUUCAGAAUAUGCCGAACGAAGUAGAAUACUCGAGUAGCCAACGACGUUUGCAUGAGCCUAGAUGCCAACCCGGUAUUGAUGUGUCUCUAAGGUCGGAUUGUGAGGAAAAUUUGCUCUCAAUAAUUACACAAAGCUACAAUAUACAUAAUUUGAAAUUGACUUACGUGAUUUAUUCAAUAUUUCACCUUAAAUUCGACAAAUUAAACUCCAGCCACGUGUUUGUAGCGCGAACGCAAAACUGGAAAGGAGUGAAGGCAGACGUGAUCACAAUAAAUUUGUCUACCAAGGGGAACCAACAUAUGGGGGAAAAACUUCAUACUGCGAACACGGCUGCAAGUGGAGAACGUCAACAUGGAGUGUACUCGAAUGACGUCAUUCAACACCCCACAGCUGAAGAGGAAGGGCGUCACGCCAGCAGGCAGCAGCACUUUACCACUGGCAAGUAGCAGGCUGCAGCCUUUGCUAAAGUCCAAGGUAGUGUGCGUGUGG